GUGACUGCGUUUUUGUUGUGUUUGAGUUGUUUGAAUGGAUAGCAGCGCAAUGGCGUCCUUAGAUUCUUUGAAAAUUAACAUGCAAAGUUUGGAGAAAAUUGAAUCUUUUCUUCACGAUUCAGCUUACAAAGAAGCGAUUGAAAACAGUGAAACUUUCAAUACUCGGCUUUGCAUCGAAAGACGACUAAGAAUGCCUUUUUUGGACCCACAAACUGGGGUAGCGCAAUACCAUUCGGCUCUCUUCAUGGCACCCCGUAAUCGUAUUCCGGGUCUAAAGGAUGGUCAAAUUUAUAGUUAUCCGUCUGCCCGUUGGAGAAAGUCAAGGAGACAGUAUUUGUUACAGAAACCGCAGCCACCUUUUCCUGCGUACACUCAUCGCCCAUUCGGACAUUUGCAAAGUACGUAUGAUUCGGAAAAUUCCAAUCUGGAAUCGGCAACUACCGCGGAUAAUGACUCGAAGGAUCACAAAGAAGAUCAUCCCAAGGAGUGGUACUACGACGAUAUGGAAAUGCAUGAAAUGGAGACUCUAGAUGAUCAUGAACUUCCUGAUUCUGAUUGUGACUUCGAGGAGAGUUAUGGAAGCCGCAAAAAGAAAGGAAAAAACACUAAAAGUGGGUCAAGUUCUUCGAAAAGUAAAGCUACCACAGGGGAGUCCAGCUCCCAGAAGCGUAACAAUCGUGGAACAGGAAGAGGCCGUGGUAGAAAAUCUCAAAAUCCUCUGGACAGUCCAAGCACUAAGGAUGGGGAAACUCCGAAGAAAAAUCGCAGCCAGACACUACCGCAUCUUACUCCUCAGACUAGUUCAUCGCCUGUGACUGUCCCACCGGAGGAGACAGUCAUGCCUGUUCUUGUACCGGAACCUAAAACGAUUGAAGACAUUGAGGAAAACAUAAUCAUGAAGCCUAUACCGCCAGUUGUUCCCAGUUCAAGUUCAAGUUCCAGUUCCACUUCCGGCACUGCUUCCUUUACUUCUAAUUCGAUUGUGGAAAAGGGUCGAGCUAUCCCGUCUCCGUAUUGUGACUUCUGCCUUGGCGACGCUCGAGAGAAUAAAAAGACAUUCGAGCCGGAGGAACUCGUAUCUUGUUCCGACUGCGGACGUUCGGGUCAUCCAACAUGUCUUCAGUUUACUGCAAACAUGAUUAUUUCGGUUCGAAAAUAUCGCUGGCAAUGUAUCGAAUGCAAGUAUUGCACAAUCUGUGGCACAUCGGACAACGAUGAUCAGCUUUUGUUUUGUGACGAUUGCGAUCGUGGCUAUCACAUGUACUGCUUGUCACCACCACUUGUCUCGCCUCCUGAAGGUUCCUGGAGUUGUAAGCUGUGCACUGAGGAGUUUCAUAAAAAAUAAAUCCAUCGAUGCGACAUUAUAUGAACUGCAUGAUUUGUGUAAACGUAAAACUAUAUUUGUAUUAUAAUACAUCGCGUGUGCUGAUAAAAUGGCUACGCUCCGCAUGUUGCACAUCACUAAUGGAAUUCUGGCCGAAAACCAACUGCAUUUACGUAUGGUAUAAUCGAGUAAGUAUUUUGAAGUUCUCAGCAUCAGUACAAUAAACUAAAAUAAACCUUUGACAACCCUAUCCUAAUAAAAUAAUAGAGUGCACCGUAA